AUGGUGUCAACUUGCACGCGAAUCCGAUCAAUGUUUCGGCGCCCUGAUACAACAAACACGCUUUUCUACUCGUCUCUUUCCUCGGCGAUCAGCUGUUCGAUCACAACCUCUAGUGUCAGUUACAUCCGUACUUGCAGGAUUUAUUGUCGAGUGUUUUCCGAGUUUUCUUUUGAUAAAAAUAUGGCACAUACAGCCCUUGGUACAGAUAAAAUGAAUGCAAACUGGGAAACCGAUAUUGGAGGAAUGCGAAUCAAAUAUAAAGACAAGAGUGAAACAUUCACUGAGGAUGACUUGAAAAGCAAGGAGCCCUUUGGACAGUUUAAAGCCUGGUUUGAUGAAGCCACUAAAACACCAGGUGUUCUUGAACCAAAUGCAAUGUGUCUGGCAACUGCUACUAGAGAUGGAAUACCUUCAGCAAGAUUUGUCUUACUGAAAGGCUUUGGCCCUGAUGGUUUCAAAUUUUAUACUAACUACGAGAGCCGUAAAGGCCAGGAAUUGGCAGAAAACCCACAAGCAGCUCUGACAUUCUAUUGGGAACCAAUGAGACGUUCGGUUCGCAUUGAGGGAAGGGUCGAAAAGACUUCUUCUGCUGAUGGUGAUGAGUAUUUCCGAGCGCGACCAUUCCACAGUCAGCUAGGUGCCUUGGCCAGUAAGCAGAGCGCCAUAAUUGCCGGAAGAGAAACUCUUAUGAUCAAAGAACGUGAACUGCUGGCACAACAUACUGAAGGACAAGUAGCCAGGCCAGAGUGUUGGGGCGGUUACCGAGUAAUUCCACGUUCCAUUGAGUUCUGGCAGGGUCAAAGUGACCGCCUACAUGAUAGAAUUCGAUUCAGACGUCGAGAGCCAAAAGACAAGCCAGAUGGUAUUUUAAUACACGAGGGCACUGAUGGUUGGGUUUAUGAGAGGUUAUCGCCUUAACAUGUGUUAUUCAUUGCUGGAAAUGUUUAUUUUUUAUUCUGAAACGAUAGCCAAAUCUUCUUAGCAAUAUAAUUCAUAUGAGAUAUUGGGGGUAAAAAUUUUGUCAGUAAUUAUCAACAGUUAUGUGAGAUGUUGGAUCUGCUAUAAUCUCACUGUCAAAUCUCAAGUAUCGAAUGUUAGCUUUAGUAUUUCACGUUGAACUCCUGUAAAAAUAUUUACAAAGGGAAUUCAUUAAUUUCAAGACCUAUGAAAUUAGUUAAAUCAAACAUCCAAACCA